UACCUAUUACUUCGAUCAAUUUGUCACCGCCGAUACUUUCCCCGGUGUUUUUAUUGUUUCAAUCAUCGUCUUUUUUGAUAAAGACUAGAUUUUUACGGAAAAGGGGGAAAAUCGAUUUGAGUGAAUUACCGUCAGUUGAAAAUCUUGAGGGAUGGAUCUGUUUAUGAUAAAGAUCAUGGUUUGAUUGAUUGUUGAUGAAAACUGGGUGAAUGAGGAUGGGAUUAGAAUCUUCUGGUGAAAUUCCUCGUGUUUACCGGAAGAUUAAUGUGUUACAUGAGGGUGCUAUUUGAUCCGAUGAUGCCCUUGGUUUAGUUUUUUUGUUUCUGUUGUGAGUUGUAAUAUUAAUAGUUAGUAAGCGGAGGUGCGUUCAUGGAUGAGGCUAGUUCUAGCUCUAUGGCCGUUGAUUCCUCGGAGUUGGCAGCAGAGGGAACCUUAUCAUCUUCUGCUGCUGCGGUAGUGGUUCCAUCAUGGCGUCCGAGCCAGGGAGUCUUUGGUCCUUAUUUGCCUGGACAACAGGCAAAUGCUAACCCCCAAAGUUUGCGGGUAGUUGUUAGACGACCUUUGGUGGCACGGUUAACUAAAGAUAUCAUUGAGACAUACCGCAUCUGCAAUCCUAAAUUCAGUUACUCUGAAGAAUUGAAUCCAAAAAGAUUCCUGACGUCCCCAUCGGCUGGUGUGUUGAACGAUGGCCACGAUAAUGCAAACUCAGACCUCAUUCUUUCUGUCAAUCUUGAGUUGGUCAAUUUGGACACAAAGAGAAGGUAUGUAGUCAAGGAUAUGCUUGGCCAUGGAACUUUUGGUCAGGUUGCUAAGUGCUGGGUUGAAGAAUCAAAUUCAUUUCUUGCUGUUAAGGUCAUCAAAAAUCAACCAGCAUAUUAUCAACAAGCACUUGUUGAAGUUUCUAUCCUGACAACAUUAAAUAAGAAGUAUGAUCCUGAUGAUAAGCACCAUAUUGUCCGGAUCUAUGAUUACUUUGUAUAUCGACGUCACUUGUGCAUUGCUUUUGAACUGCUUGACACAAAUCUCUAUGAGCUUAUAAAGUUGAACCAUUUUAGAGGAUUGUCUUUGAGCAUUGUCCAGUUGUUCUCGAAGCAGAUAUUGCGUGGAUUAGCACUAAUGAAAGAUGCUGGUAUAAUUCACUGCGAUCUGAAGCCUGAGAAUAUUCUUUUAUGCACUAGGCAAGCUUCUCUGAUACCAAGUUUCUUGCAUCUUGUCAGUGUGAAGCCAGCUGAAAUAAAAAUUAUAGACUUUGGAUCAGCAUGUAUGGAGGAUCGUACCGUUUACUCUUAUAUCCAGAGUCGGUACUAUCGGUCACCUGAAGUCCUCCUUGGAUAUCAUUAUACCACUGCUAUUGAUAUGUGGUCAUUUGGUUGCAUCGUUGCUGAAUUAUUUCUAGGACUUCCUCUGUUCCCUGGAGCUUCAGAAUUUGACCUUCUGAGGAGAAUGAUUAAAAUACUUGGGGGGCAACCCCCUGAUUACAUGCUAAAGGAUGCCAAAAAUACCAGCAAGUUCUUCAAGUUUGUUGGGAGCAUUAAUCAAGAAGAGUGUGGGCCAGGUCCUAUGAGCAGAUCUAGUGUUUAUCAGUCUUUGACAGAAGAAGAAUAUGAAUCUAGAGAGUCAAAAAAGCCAGUAAUUGGGAAGGAAUAUUUCAAUCACAUGAACCUUGAAGCCAUCGUCAGGAAAUAUCCUUACAAGAAGAUUUUGCGGGAGGAUGAGAUUAUUAAAGAGAAUCAAAUACGAUUAGCACUAAUAGAUUUCUUGAAGGGGCUUGUUGAGUUUGAUCCAGCUAAGCGAUGGUCACCUGUGCAGGCAUCGAAGCAUCCUUUUGUGACUGGAGAGCCUUUCACAUGUCCUUAUAGACCUGCACCGGAGACACCUCGACUGCCCGUUUCUCCGAAUGUUAAGGUGGAUCAUCACCCAUCUGGAGGCCAUUGGUUUGCUGCUGGUCUAUCUCCUAAUAUUUCAGGCAGAAAUCGAGUUGCAGUGCCGAGCAGCCCUCAUUAUCAGGUUAUGCAAUAUGCACAUGUAGGUAGCUAUGGUAGCCUAGGAAGUCAUGGCAGCUACCACGAUGGUGCUGCGCUUGGUAGUAGUUAUGGAAGUUAUGGUGAUAACAGUAAUCUCCAUGCAUUUUAUUCACCUGCGGGUCCAUCAGGGAUGCAUCUCUAUGCACAGAAUGGUGUAUCAAUUCUUGGGAGCAGUCCAGACACCAGGAGAUUUAAGCAGCUUCCUCAUGGGAAUGGGCUUGGUGUCAGCCCAGGAAAUUUUGUUCCUAUGUCUCUUGGAACGAGCCCUUCACAAUUUACUCCUCCUAGCAUGUAUAGUCAGAUCUCCGCUGGUUCUCCAGGAAAUUAUGGUCCUUCGUCACCAUCGAGAGGUAGUUGUCAUGGAUCACCUUUAGGGAAGAUGGCAGCAGGUAGCCAGUAUAAUAGAAGAAAAGGGUGGGUAUAUCCAGGUAGCUAUCAGUCUCAAGAAAUAUCAUCAUCCUCUCACUGGCAAGGGCAGGUUGCAGAUGGCAACAACUCUAGCCAAGCCAAUUCUCCAGUUUUUGGUGGCUCUCUGAUGCAUAUACACAGUAACUCAAACCCCAGACAGCAAGGAUCAAACAGUGUGAAUGUUGGUUUCUCUAAUGCGCAUAAUAUUACAAGUCCAUCAAUGCUAGGUGGGCAUGCACAAUUCCAGAAAACCCAGGGUGAUAAACCUGAUGCUAGUAACUCAUUGCCUGAUCCUGGCGAUUGGGAUCCCAAUUAUAGUGAAGAACUGUUUCUGCAAGAAGAUAGCUCAGAAAUGAGUAACUUAUCUAGUGAAUUCUCCAAGGGGAUGCAUCUUGGUCAAGCUGGGGUCUCUCAAGAACCAUUUGCUGGAGUGAGAAGACCAAACCAGAUCUCUAAUCUGAAUCCCAGUAUGUCUCAGAGACCUACUGGGCAAACUCAAGCAUUUUUACCAGGAGAGGUAGGAAGCCCUCCUUCAGGUCAUGAGCUGCAUGGUGGAUAUAUGCAUAACAUGGCUAAUCCAUCAUAUUUGAUGCCUCAUUUUGCACAAAGUUCUCCAAGCCGCUUGGGGCAACAGCCCCCUCUUCACCGAUUUAACCAGGGGAGAGCAACAGCUGUUCAUUACAAUGAUAGUCAUGCCAUGGCGCAGUCAUCUCAUUCUACCUAUAACGCGGAUAAUCCACUUUCUGCUGCAAGGAAUGGUGCAUCAUGGGGGCGUAGAGGUAGCAAUCCUCUUCCAAACAUUCCACCAACUUCCCGGACAAGAAAAGAUUACAAAAGAAUUGCUUAGUUUUUUGUUGCCUUCAUCGGGGAUUAGUGCCAAACAAAUGGAAAAAGUGGUAAAGCUUGUGUUACAAAUCCUCAUCAAUGUCAUUUUGUAGUGCUUGCUUAAAUGUUAAUGGUUACAACACCACCAUGAUCUGGUCACACCUUGUUGUCAUCGCCAUGCUCGAUCUCUGGGAUCUUGAAUUCUGCUUUCUCCUCCGGUUCCAAAGGACCAAAAUAUAUGAAUGUCAACUCCCUGGAUCUAAUUUAUUGCAAGAAAACUCUAACCAGGUUGCCUGUUAGUAUUGUUGCUCCAAGGGGGUUAUAAUUAUUUGUUUGAACAAAGCUUGGUUGUGUUGAGUAAGGUGGUGACUGGUGAAUCAUAGUUUAAGGUUUAUUUGUUAGCAGUCUUGUAAACUAAAACAGGAAAUCUUGAUUCCUUGUAAGUUGGAUAUUUAUUUCAAUAUCCUCUUAACAGAUCAACGUGACUCCUCAUGAAUUAAAUGGGAUGACGUGAAGAAGCGUGGGAUUUGUGGUUCUUAA